AUGGAACUGCAGGCCGCGGUACUAGCAUGUCGCCUUGCCGAUACAAUACAAAAGGAACAUCGUCUGAAAUCAAUAAAAAGAUAUUUCUGGAGUGAUUCAAUGACCGUGCUACACUGGAUUAAAAAUGAAAAUCGAAACUACAAAACAUUCGUCGCAAACAGACUCGGCGAAAUCGAUGAAUUAUCUAACACAAACGAAUGGCAUUAUAUACCUACCCAUAGCAACAUAGCGGAUAUAGCUACAAAAAUUAAUUCCCAUAAAUUACACAAAGAUUGUGAGUGGUUCCGGGGGCCGAAGUUCUUGUAUGAGAAGGGACAGGAUUGGUUUACUGCACCUGAAAAGGAAAAGAAAAAAAUUAUUGACGAAAACCUUGAAAUAAUACACCAUGUAUAUGAAAUGCCGGACAGUCCCCUGCCGCUGCCAAAUCCCGAUAGGUUUUCAUCUUGGCUUCGUUUAUUGAGAUGUACUGCAACUGUAUUAUUAACAAUAGAAAAAUUUAAAAGAAGUGAUAUAAAGGAAAUUGAUAUGAAAAUGUUGGAACGCGCUGAAAUUUUAUUACUGCGUCACAGCCAGAUGCAAUCAUUUGCCAUUGAAAUAUAUCUAUUAAAAAAUAAUAAACCUAUCCAAUUUAACAGCCGAUUGCGAACGCUGACUCCAUAUCUCGAUGAAAUGGGAUUACUUCGAGUCGGAGGGCGCCUGGACGCCGUGAUGGGUGUCACGUCGGAAGUAAAAUGCCCGAUAAUACUGGAUGGUCGUCACGCUGUUGCUAAGCUAAUAGCAAAAAAAUACCAUGAAAAAUAUGCCCAUGGAAAUAAUGAAACAAUAGUAAACGAAUUAAGACAGAAGUAUUGGCUGCUAAAUUUGAGACCCACAAUACGAACCGUCGCUUCAAAAUGUUUAUUCUGUCGCAUUAGAAAGGUUGUACCUGUUACACCACGUAUGGCAGAUCUACCUAAGGCAAGAUUGGCUCAUCACGAACGAGCGUUCACACACUGCGGCGUUGACCUAUUUGGUCCAAUGGAGAUUACUGUAGGUCGCCGCAGGGAACGUCGCUAUGGAGUGUUAUUUACUUGCAUGACCGUCCGAGCUAUACAUAUUGAAUUGGUACCAUCACUGACUACUGAUUCGUUUAUAAUGGCGCUGAGACGUAUGGCUUCACGACGAGGAUGGCCACAGUAUAUGUACUCUGACAAUGGUACUAAUUUACGUGGUACUGAAGCUGAAUUAAAGAAAUCAUAUCAAGAACUAGACCAGACUGUCUUAAAACAGGAGACCUCCAAUCGAGGUAUGACCUGGUCCUUUAUAUCACCAAUCAGCCCUCAUAAGGGAGGGGCCUGGGAACGAUUAAUUAGGAGUGUCAAAACUGCGCUGAAAGUCAUUCUUAAAGAACGAGCUCCACGAGAGGAAACACUAGCCACCUUGCUUACUGAAAUAGAAAACAUGGUAAACAGCAGGCCGUUGACUCAUGUAUCUGUAGAACCUGGCAGUAUGGAAACUCUGACACCGAAUCAUUUUUUAAUUGGCUCCUCUUCAAACUUACCUAUACCUGGAGUGUUUGAUGACGGCGAUUUACACUUACGAAAAAUGUGGAGAACUGCUCAAAGAUUAACUGAUAUGUUUUGGAAACGAUGGAUGAGAGAAAUCUUACCAACACUAAUACCACGGCAAAAAUGGCACAAGGAAGACUGCCAACUAAAACCUGGAGAUAUAGUCGUAAUAGUAGACGGGAAUCUGCCUCGUAACACAUGGCCAAAGGGCAAAAUUGAUAAAAUUUAUCCCGGGAGAGAUGGACGGAUAAGGACAGUAGAUGUGAAAACAAAAACUGGCAUACUUACCAGACCAGUUACACGCUUGGCACUCCUUCCGGUGCUCGAAUCGUGUCCCUGA